AGAAGAAGCGCAACUGAAACGCUUGCGAGUCUGCUCUGCUGCAGUUUCACAGAAGAAGUAACGUAUCUGCCACAGCUAGGCGUCAUCAUGCCUGCUGCUGUGAUGAUGGAGGAAAACCAUGAUAAAUUAUUGGAGCAGUGCGAAGCUCAGGAGCUCGAGGCUCCAGGGGGCAUCGCAACACCUCAAGUGUAUGCCCAGUUGUUGGCCCUCUAUUUACUACACAAUGAUAUGAAUAAUGCAAGGUAUCUCUGGAAACGGAUUCCCCAAGCAAUAAAAUCGGCAAAUCCAGAGUUAGCAGCAGUUUGGGCUGUUGGCCAACACAUAUGGCAAAGAGACUUUCCAGGGAUCUACACUGCGAUUGCAGCCUACCAAUGGUCUGAGAACAUCCUUCCAGUUAUGGAGGCUCUUCGAGAGAGCACACGGCAAAGGGCAUACAGUCUGGUGGCCCAGGCAUAUACUUCCAUCACAGCAGAUGACUUUGCAGCCUUUGUAGGCUACUCUGUGGAGGAGGCUGUAAAGGGUGUGAUGAGCCAGGGGUGGCAGGCAGACCCCUCGACUAGGAUGGUAAUGCCUCAGAAACCCGAUCCUCCCCCCGUCUCAUUGGUUCCAAAUGAGCAGCAGUUGGCCCGACUCACUGACUACGUGGCUUUCCUUGAGAACUGAUAACCACCAUCAGCGGCACUGACACCACCUUUUUCUUACUGCUUUGGAUUGAGGGAGGAUGCUACGGACAUGUGUUGACAAGCUUAGAAAGACUCUUCCUACUUCCUUCAGUGUCAUUUUCAGAUGCAUAUACACACAGACACAAACACACAAAAAAACCCAUCUAGUUUUACAUUGAAGCUGAGUGCAUUGUUUUCUUGAAGACUUGCUUAUUUAUGUUUAUUAUCUAAUAUACCUUCCGUAAUUAUACUAUGUCCUCUUAAAAUUGUUUGUCACCUUCCAGAAUACAAGAUUGUAUUUUAAUCCUCUUGAGAUUUUUUUUUUAAUUUUACAGCCUACUGUAUGAAUUUGGGCCUGAUUUCACAGAAGACAUAGGGCUCAUGGGAGAUUGUUUUCUCCUUCCUGUCUGGAUGGUUUUGUUGCAGCUGCACAAUCGAUUGUAUUGUGUAGCUCUAUAUAUCUCCAUAAGCAUACUAUGCUCUUCAUACUUGGAAUAGCAAUUCCACAAAAUGUAUAUAUGCCCUGUCCUAGCCACUGAGAGCCACCUGAAAUCAGAUUUCUUCAUCUAAUAGAAGUCUUCACACGCAUCAGGAUAUGGAGGUCAUUAAUGGGUAUGUCAGUCUCAGAUCCAGCACCACAGAAUGCUGAUGCUUUGGAGCUUCUCAGAAAUGUGAUGCUGACUUCAGUAAACUCUCCCUUCUGUAGACCUUGGCUUUUGAUGUCUAUGAUUUGACAAGUAAAUAAAUAGUAUGCGUUUCUAAUUUGGAAUUUUUUUUUCUUCUCCACAAGGGUUUCAUUUGUCGCUCAUGGGUUCGGCCAAGGCUGGCUGUGUUCACUUCAGGAUGUUAAAUGUUUCCUAUGUAUUACUCCUGCUAAGUUUACCAUUGUGACACGUGAAUAUAGGGUGACCUAGAUUUGCCUUUUUGCACCUAGACUCCUCAAACGAAACUCAUUUCGAUGCAAGAUGUUAAAGGAGAUGAACAUUUUGGAUGUGUGAGCAAGCUUGAGGAGUAAUGUCAUUGCAAGAUUAGCCAAGGCAGUAGCUUGUCUGUUUUGGUAGGUAGGCGUGUUGCUAUUGUAGGUGGUCAGGUGAACCAAAGUGUAAGCUAUUUGAAUUCAGUCUGUGGCCGCAGUGGGGCUUUCUCACCAGUGUGUUGUGCGCUGCUCACCAUGGUGCAAUUUGUCAUGUCAGCACGACACGCAAAAUAAGCAGACUUUUCAAAAACCAUGAAGAGUUGUGCUUGUCCUGGGCCAAAGGAAAUCCCUAGCACUAGCUUUGCUCAUCAGAAAGGCAUUAAGGAAACGGUGUGGUCACAUUAAAUCUUCAGGUUUAGAGAGCAGUUGGAUGAGUUCUGAUCCGUUCGGCAGCUACGUGUGAACAUUAUAGAUUUUCCAACAAAGGUAUCCGUUCUCGCAUAUGUUUAAGUUUGCAAAAUGUUACAAUGUUGCAAUUUCAUUUAGCAGACGCUUUUAUCCGAAGCGACGUACAUCUGAGAGUUGAUACAAACCAAAACCAGGAUCUAGUCAGGAAGCGGCAAUGCAAAUAAGUGCCGAAAAACUAGGUUCAAAUCCGAUAGGACAUAGGUGUCAACAGGCAAUGCAUAGGGUGCAUAGAAGCAUUUUUUUAUAUAUACCAUCAGGUGUGAAGGUGUUCGUGGAAGAGCUGGGUCUUUAGCUUCUUUUUACUGAUGGAGAGGGACUCAGCGGAUUUAAUCAGUAUGUGGAAAGUUAUAAAUAGCCUCUUUAUGUUCAAUAAAAUGUAUCUUAUGAUCGCAUUGUGGAGUCAAAUAAAAGAAG